AUGAAACGGUCCGCUUCAGCCCUUGGAGGACCUCAAGUAUGGGACGCUGCUCCUCCCAUCACGACAAAUUCUCAUUCAUCAUUUCGUCCUCCUUAUACUCACUACGCCAUAAUAUAUCUAGACCAAGAUGGCAAGCUCAAGAUUGACGAAUCCUCAUCCAUUCAAGAGCAAAACGCAACCGUGUUCAACCCUGAAUUCUGCCAAAACUUCCUUCAGAUCCUCGGUGAACGCAUUGGCUACCACGCCCCCAUUGGCAAACCAGUAGAUGCAUCUCCCCGGCGGGUGAGACGUCGCAAGGUUAAUGAUACCUCCACCUCCGUGGACCGACUCCUCGAGCCGGCUUCUGAUAGCGAAGACUUCUCUGAGGGACCUACUAAAAUGGUUCCUCUGCGCAUUGGAGACACCAAAAAAGUUUUGUCUUACUAUGAGAAUGCUCUUAAUCACUUCCAACAACUCAAUUGCCGCAUGGUUGCCAAGGCAUUCAUCAAAUUCAUCGAGCCGCGCAAACAGGUUAGACACCCCUACAACGGUGGUAAGCCUCCACCAGGAUCUCCACCCGGUACUACGGGUGAUCCCGAGAAGACGAAACCCGAGUGGUGGCCCUCGGAUGUCCUGCACAAGGAGCCUGACCAUCUGCGCAAGAAGUACCGCAUUAAGCUUCUCCUUCACAUUAUCUGCCACCUUGGUAGCUACGGUGUCACUGCCGAUAAGCUGAAGGAAGUCGCUGGGGAUACCAAGCGAAGCUUGCAGCACCCAUCCAACGUCGAGAUCCUCUUCGAGAUCCUCCAGGUCCGCAAGAUAGAAGAACAGUUCCAGAACGGUGAAGUCGACGCAGAAAGGAUCGUCUACACAAUGGACCGCGGCCCCUGUCCCAAGGGCAAAGAAGGGAAAGAAACAAACGACGCUCUUUCAGUAAAGUUCGAGGAUUCUGAGACCAGCGUGCAAGGCCAUAUGGCCCCAAUCUCCUCCGAGCACGUAACAGCCGCUCUCACAACACCACUUGAUACCCUUACCCCCACCCGCUCUCUUUCAAGCAGCUUCUCCGUGCCACAGCCCCUCAGCUUCAAAGUGGAAGGACCCUGUUGCGACCGCCUCUGCUACACCACACCAUCUCAAUACCCAGACAAAUUCCCUUCACAGCCAAUGCUCAGCAUACCCGUAGCUCCACAGAUGAUCAGCCCCCACGACGUCUCCGCCUUCAACUACUACAAUACCGCACCAACACCAAUUAGCCAGCCAUCAACUUGCUAUCACAUGACCAUGGCCCCUCGAAUAUAUGACAUGUCGCAAUCCCAUAUCGAUCAGGGCUCGCAGCCUUUCCGCACACACUCGCUGGGCUACCCUCACCCUAAUGGCCUACCUCAUUCCGACCCUGUCUUAAUGGGUUCAAUAGCCGGGCUGGUACCGAUUGAUUGA